AUGGGGUGCGUCCUUGUCCUCGCGGCGGCCGCAGGAGCGGCGGCAGUGGCCCUGGCCCUGCGGCUGUGGCUCGUGCUUCACUCCCGGGUUGUUGUACCCCGGGAAUCUGUCAGUCUCAUGGCGGUGGCCGGGUCCGGUGGGCACACCACUGAGCUGCUGAGGCUGCUGGGGCACCUGUCCGCCGCCUACGCGCCCAGACACUACGUCCUCGCCGACACAGACGAGAUCAGUGCCCGGAAGAUACACGCCUUUGAGCUCAGUCGAGCUGAUAGAGACCCCAGCGAGGUGGCGCCCCGGUACUUCCUGCACCGCAUCCCCCGGAGCCGCGAGGUCCGGCAGUCCUGGCUGUCCACGGUGCUCACCACGCUGCACGCCGCCUGCCUCUCCCUGCCGCUCACCUUCCGCGUGCGGCCGGACCUGGUGCUGUGCAACGGGCCGGGGACCUGCGUGCCCGUGUGCGCGGCGGCCGUGCUGCUGGGCGUGCUGGGCGUGAAGCGCGUGACCCUGGUCUACGUGGAGAGCCUGUGCCGUGUGGAGCACCUGUCGCUGACCGGCCGCCUGCUGCGCCCCUUCGCCGACUACUUCCUGGUGCAGUGGCCGGCGCUGAAGGCCAAGUACCCCUCGUCCGUGUACCUGGGCCGCAUCGUGUGA